AUGAAUCAACCAUUGGUUCUUGAUUAGGGAGGACAUGUCGGAGCAACUCUGCAUUUCCAACGACACAUCUUGUAUUGGAAAAGAUGGACAAUCUUCUAAUUCUUUUUUUUGAUCCUCUCGACCUUACUUGGAGUUUGCUAUAUCUCAGAGAACAAUUAUCGCAUCAAUGGCGAUUAUGUGCCAAUUAUUGUGGGUGCACAAAACCUUAUUCAAAUUGUUGUGUAUUUGAGAUGGAGAUGGGCCAUGAAAAACAAAAAUAACCUAAUAGAUUGCGCUAGAUACUUAAACCAAUAGCAAAUGGUCAAUUAAGGAUGGUUAGAAGAAGUCGAUAUGCAUUAUUGUAUAAGUUAUACACCUAAAUAGAGAUUACAGGUAUACAAUCUACUCGAUUGA